GCCGCCUACAGUGUUUACAACUUGUCGAAAUGAAGUAAAGAGAAAUUCAACUCCUGACGUUGAAUGUAAACUGUUAUCGCGCUUCUGCUAGAACUGGAAGAUUAAGGCAGUCAAGGAAAAAUAAGUUUUUCUGCCGUGCUGCAAGCUGAAGCAAAGGCCAGACAAGCUAAAACACAGGCUAUUGGGUGCUGUGAUGUCCUCGACCCCCAGCAGACUCAAACACCCUUACUGCAGGAAGAAGCACUAUCCUAGUAGCACUUACCUCACACACGUCUGACAGCCACCAAAGAAAAGCACUUGGACGCCAAAUACAGGACUUGACCGGAUAUACUGAUUAACAAGGAUAUGUCUGACUCAACCGGAGGAGCUGAAAGUGGAGGUGUGACAGGUACAGGACAGGAAGCAGAGGCGGAUACUGAGCCCCCUCAACAGGUGCCACCUUUACCUGCAAAUGACACCUUAGACGUAGGAGAGGCGGCAGAUGAAGGAGGAGAACCAGCGGCUAAGCGGCCCAGAGUAGACGAGGAGGAACAAGGGCUGGAGCAGGUUGCCAAGCCCGUUGAAAAAGACGGAGAAACACCAGCAUGGGCUGACCACUUGAUAGAAGGAACUGCCCAACCAGCACAAAGAAGUGAUGAACAACGUGAGGAGGAAGGUCAAAGAGAGGCCCCCGUUAGUGGGAAAGGAGAAGAAGAAUGCCAUCAGAAUGGAGAUGGGGGCCAUCAUGCCACCUUAGAGGAAGGAGAGACUAAGAAAGAGGAGGAGCACAACAGUCCUGCUGAGAGUCCUAGUGAAGGCCAGCACCUAGACCUAGAUUUUACCCAGAAUCCCCAGAUGCUGACUGGUUCUUGGACUGAGUUCUCCACAAUUCCAGAGAAUUACCUCAAAGGCUGCAAAUGGGCUCCCGAUGGUUCCUGUAUCCUGACCAACAGUGCAGACAAUGUGCUCCGUGUGUACAAUCUCCCUCCAGAGAUUUACAGCUAUAACUGGGACCUGCUUCCUGAGAUGAGUCCAGUGCUGCGAAUGGCAGAGGGAGACACCAUCUACGACUACUGCUGGUACCCUAAGAUGAACUCUCUGGACCCAGACACAUGCUUCUUGGCCAGUACUAGCCGGGACAACCCAGUCCAUUUGUGGGAUGCGUUUUACGGAGAAGUGCGAGCCAGUUUUCGACCCUACAAUCACCUGGAUGAGCUGACAGCAGCUCACUCCCUCUGCUUCUCACCUGAUGGAACUCAGCUCUACUGUGGCUUUGACAAAACAGUCAGGGUCUUCUACACGGACCGGCCUGGAAGGGACUGUGAGGAGCGGCCCACCAUAGUGAAGAAACAGGGCCAAAGUGGCAUCAUCUCCUGCUUUGGCUUCAGCCCCUGCCAGUCUGUUUAUGCCUGUGGCUCUUACUCCCGCUGUGCUGGCCUCUACUCCUGCCAAGACGGCACCCUGCUGGCUUUGCUGCCGACCCGCCAUCACGGAGGCCUCACCCAUCUGCUCUUCUCCCCUGAUGGCAACUACCUGUACACUGGCGGGCGCAAGGAUCCAGAAAUCCUGUGCUGGGACUUGAGGGAGCCGGGCAAGGUUGUGUUCUCACUCAAGAGGAACGUAGCUACAAACCAGCGCAUCUACUUUGACCUCGACUUGUCAGGCAGAUACUUGCUGAGUGGUGACACAGAGGGAGUCGUGUCAGUGUGGGACACCCAGACGGCUCCUCCCGAUGGUAAUGAGGAGAUGCUGCAGCCUCAGCUCAGGUUCAAGGCCCACUGGGACUGCACCAACGGUAUCAGUGUUCAUCCCUUUAUGCCGCUGUUGGCCACGUCCAGUGGACAGCGCCAGUUCCCGUGGCCCGGGGACAGCGAAGGUGACUCUGCCUCUGACGGCGAGGGAGGAGAAGCUGUGAUGUCACCGCAGGAGAUCAGACAAGACAACACCCUGUCCCUGUGGUGGGCGGGACCCUUGAGCCCUGCGGUAGAGGAAGGGCAGGAGCAGAGUUCAGCGGCAGGGGAGGCCUGAUUGUGUUACAGCCUCCAUGUAUAUUUAUUUUAGGGAUGCUAGUGAUGGGUAAAGCUAAUCAUGGGUCAGUGGGAUUCUCUCUGCCAUCAGCAACAUGGAGCCUUGAGUUGAAAAGCAUUUUUGGAUCUUUUUAUAGCAUUACUUAAAUUAAACAUUUAUAGUCUAAAUGAAUUUCAUGACAUAUCCGUUCUACGUUUACAUCUACAGACCCGGUCCUUUCACCUUUGGAGUAACAGAGAAAGGACUUUGAAGCAUUGCACAUCAGGUCAAAACUGAAAUUCAGGGCUAUUAGUUGCUGCAAUGCCAAAUUGUUGAAUAAUAAUAAAAAAAAAAUACAUGCCAAUAAUAAAGUGAGUCCUUAAUCCAAGGAGGGUUUCUUUUAAACCUAACUCAGGUUGGGAAGGUUGCACAAAGAGUGGAUAGUGGCCUAUUAUUUCUCCAUUUUUGAUAUUGAAUUGGUUUAAGAUUUGUUUUUAACACCAUCAAGAUGAAAUUUGAAAGUAUUUUAUUACACUCUGUUUAUCGGAGGACUUUGAUUUAAAGGCCUUGUUUGGUGUGAAGCAGCCACAAGUCUACUAAGCGAUCACACGUGAUGUGAGUCGUGUCUGUGGGAGUGUGUGUUUGUUGCUGUGAUGCUGCCCUGGAGAUUCCUCACUGCUAUAGUAUCAGUAAGUGCCAUUUGUUCUUUGCUUUUGUAAACUGAUGGAAUCUCCUGUUUUUACCUUCUUUUAUUUGAAAGGACGCAAGUGUUGUGUCUCUAAGUGCAUGCCCACAGAUCUAUAUUUUUGUAAAGCCACAAUGAUCAUCCUGAUGUUCUGAAUGUACAGUCUGUAAGCAGCUAGUCUGGUUAUUGUAACCUUAUAAUCUGUCUUUAGGGAGCGGGUGCACCGAGUGAUGGCUUUUACUUCUACAAAAACGUGCUCUGAUUAAACCUGAGUGUUAAUGUGGCAGCAAAAAUAAAACACAUCGUGUUUGUGUGGUGUUUCUAAUGUAAAGUAGUGCAGUGGAAGCUUAUGCUGCUAUAGGUGGGGUGUGCUUGGCCAUGUGUUUUUUUUUUUCUUUUUUUUGCAGGAGCAGAGCCAGCUCCAUUGUAAGCCUUGUACCUUUAGAUACAGACGUUUACUUUGAUGUGUCAAUCAGGUUUUACUUUUUGGAACUCAGAUUGUUGCCAACAAAAAAUAGCUGCAAUUUUAAGUCUACUGUAUCAGAUAAAUUUGCUCUACCAAGAAGCAUUAGAAACCAUACUGGCCUUGGUGUUGACUUAUCUUUGGAUAAAGAACUGUGUCUACAAGUGGAUUUCUGCUGGGUUUGUGUGGAGUGAAUUAAAAGCAUAUUUCUGAA